CCAAUCUCGCCCUACACCUCGCAUACUUCUCCGUUUAAGUUUUCCCUCACGCCUCAGUUGCUGCUGUUGCUAUUCUUCGAAUUUUAGUUACAUUUUUAUUUUCUCUCCACAGCAAAGACUCGAUUAAUACUCAAAUAGUGGUGGAAAAAUGUCGAAAGGGCUUAUCUGGGCAACUGCAGAGGAUUUGGCAAGAAAUAGGGGAAAGAUGCUUUCACUAUAUCGACAAGUACUCAGGAGCCUCAAUUCUCCUAUCUUGCCUUUAAAUUUGGCAGCAAGGUUGCACAGGAAAGCACAAGCACGAGCCAUUUUCAUGUCGGGUGCUGAGGAAAGAUCUAUCCACAAUAUUGAAGAUCUCGUUGACAUUGCAGAGUAUUCUCUAUCGCUCUUGAGAAAAGGAGAAAUCCCAAAAUAUAUCCAGUGAAACUGCCAUAGUGCCAUCUACUCAUUCCGUUCAGACUUUAUAUAAGGUUUGCUGCUAGGAACAAGUAGUAUUGCUCAUAAAAUAUGUAGAUAUAGGAAGUGAUGGUGCGUUAUUCGUUAAGCCUAGAGUUGAUUUGAAAGUUUUUUACCAAAGUUGUAAGAAUACUGAUCAUAAUUGUUAUAAGCUUUGCUGAUCAGAUCCAUGGAAAUGCCGAACUGGAAAUUGCAGGUUAUUUUAUGUGUCCUAAAAUCUAAUGGGCGAUGGUCGUUGUAGAUUUGUUAUGGUUUAUAGUUAAUCUUUGAACAAACUUUCUAAUUCAUUAAGCUAAUUGUUAGUUGAAUUUUAAACAA